AUGGCGAAGCCCGGCAUCGAUGGCGGAGCUUCGUUCAAACUCGAUCGUAAAACCGUCGAGAAAAACCGAAGAAUUCAUAUGAAAUCGCUGUGUUCUAAGCUCUUUAAUCUUGUUCCUUCCUCCCAUUACAAAAUUUCUAAGGAUUUGCUAUCCCAACAGACCCAAAUCUCAUACGUGAUUGCUUACAUAAACGAGCUGAAAGAAAGAGUGGAGAGUUUGGAGAAAAAGAAGGAAGCUUUACAAUUACAAAUUCAUUCUCAAUUGCCAACUUCUAGUGAUUCUACAUUUCCUAUAGUUGAGGUGAGAGAAUUGUGUAGCGGGAUCGUUCACGUAACGUUGAUUAGCAGUGUCGAUCGAAACGUCAUGCUUAAUGAAAUCAUUGGCGUCGUUGAAGAGGAAGGUGGUGAAGUUGUGAGUGCUAGCUUCUCCACGCUCGGUGAUAAGGUCUUUCAUUCCCUCCAUAUCGAAGCUAAAAUUCCUAGGGUUGGAAUAGAGACGUCGAGAGUAGAAAAAAGAUUGAAGCAUUUGAUAAUCGAAGCUCGAGAAGAUGGACGAGAUAAGUAA